AUCUUUCUUUUGUUCCUGUUCGUUGUUUGGACCGAACGUGUCGCAAGUUUGGUGCUGGUGCAAAGUAGCAGUAUUUGAGAGCCACUAGUGUUCUGAGCCUGUUUUUCACAAACGCCCCAAAAGAUGGCCCGCCGGGAAAACGAGGAGCAAGGGAAAAUAUUUGUGGGGGGCCUCAGCUGGGAGACCACGCAAGAGAGCCUGCUCAACUACUUCAGCCGUUUUGGUGAAGUAGUGGACAGUGUGGUGAUGUGCAAUGAGACGGGCCGGUCUCGUGGCUUUGGAUUUGUCACUUUCCGGGACCCCAGUUGCGUGGCUACCGUGCUGGCUGGAGGACCGCAUCAACUGGAUGGGCGAACAGUGGAUCCCAAAUCGUGCAAUCCACGCAGUGCCAGUCGUCCUGGUGGAGGAGGAGGAGGCCCAGGGGCCAGGGGUGGUCGAACCAAAGGCAGCACAACUAAGAUAUUUGUUGGCGGCCUUCCUGCCACUGUGACAGAGACAGACUUGCAUGCCUUCUUCUCCGAGUAUGGAAAGGUGACAGAAGUUCUUAUCAUGUAUGACCAAGAGCAGCGGCGUUCUCGAGGCUUUGGCUUCGUGAGCUUUGAGACAGAAGAUGCGGUCAACCAGUUAACUGGGCAGCGUUACGUCGAGAUCAGUGGAAAGCAGGUUGAGUGCAAGCGGGCGGAGCCCAAGGAAAGCAGGAUGGCCAAGGGUGGCCGCCCUGGUGGCGGUGGUGGCGGCUGGGGUGGACAGCAGCAACAGUGGGGCUGGGGUUCAUCCAACGGGGGUGGCUCUAACAUGAACUCCAGCUACCAGGGCUAUGGUGGUGGCUACAACAACUGGGGAAAUAGCCAGAACAGCUAUGGCUAUGGAGGAGCUGGUGACCAGUCCUACAGUGGUUAUGGAUCAUAUGGACAGCAGCAGCCCUCAAGCUAUGGACCCAUGCGCACUGGCUACAGUGAUGGAUAUACAGCUACCCCAGCAGCUACUGGUGGCUACAAUGCACCCAGCACCAAUGGCAUGGCAGGUGCUGCAGUCGGCCAAACUGAUGGUGCUUACCAUCCCUACCGGAGGUGAAUCUGAAGGCACCAGCGAGUGUACAUUCCUCACGCCUUCCCCUCUUCUUUUUUUUUUUUCGUCCUCUCAAUAAGAUCCACCUCAUCACCCUGGAUUUUUUAUACACUCAUUUGCCUACAGA